AUGGACUCUCCUACUCUAACCCCAUUAUCCUCCCGUACAAACACCACGACCAAACCCUCACGACCCGAAAAACCAUCUUCCUCGCACCCGCCUCGCUCCUCAGCCUCAACAUCCACUGCAACUCCCAUCUGGCCCAGCAUCUUCGCUGCCGAACGCACCUCCUUCCAGAAUGACCUACGCACUAUCAUCGAACUCCUCCGCUCUCGCGACAAUCACGGCCUCCACAUCAAAUUUGCCCAUCAAAUCAGCAAACGAACCACUUACCCGGGCGACAUGAACUAUCUCAUCAACGCAGUCAAAGGCUCCUCCGCCCCCGCAGAACAUAUUGCCCGUCGCCAUCUCCUCGCUAAUAUCAAAAGCAUGACCAGUUUGUUCCUGGAGCACCGGCGUGAGCGACAAAGUCCCUGCUUUGUGCCCCGAUUGACUCGUAUCCUGGAGUACUGUCGGAACUUGGAACGGCGACUGCGGGAAAACGUUGAGAUGGGGAUGGGGGGAUCUCGUACGGCGCGUGAGGUGGCGAAUGCGUUGGAACUCGUCAUUCUGCAAGUGGGCACCGUGACGCUGGAUGGGGAUCUCGAGGCGGAUCGGCAGGCUUGGUUGGCUUGGAAGAGGGCCGGUAGGAAGACGGGAGAGUUUCGGUCGAUGGUCCAGGUUCAGGUCCAGACGCAGAAGGAGAAGGAGAAGCAGCAGCUUUCGAGGGAGCUACACGGGCAGCAGCAGCAGCAGCAGGAGGAGGAGGAGGAACAGGAGGAGAAGCAGGUAAUGGAUGGAGCUGACUUUUACUCUUCCUUGUAUGUAUCCAGCCGCGAUGAGGAGUCACUGAUUGAUGGUCCCUUUGACGAGAUCGUUGGACGUCGAGCUACAUGUUUGGGUAACAGUGUGCCGUGUACCAUUGAUGGAUGGAAUGAUGUAUGA